GUUACUCCGCUUUUAUGCGCCGCAGCUGGAUGCGCUGGAAUGAGUCAAUCAACAGAUGAUACCGGCAGGCUGCAAGUUUAGCCAACGAAUGAAAGAGAGAGGAGGCAGCACAGAGAGGGAGAUGGAGAUAGAGGAAGGGCUGGGGAGCCUUCGGGAGACCCGAUAAGCAUGUGAAAUUACGGAGAGAUUCAACAACAGCAGGGCAGCGGGAAGGAGGCGCCGGACUCAAGGCAUUCUCCCCUUCGACUUGACAAUACUAAUAAUAAAAAAAAAUAGGAAGCCAAGGGCAUAAUCCCAAAGUGGAUCUCUGACUGUGCUGGAAAAUUCAGUUGUGAAAGUGCAUGGCUGGCUGGCUGCCUUCGAAGAACGCAAUGCAAUUAGAGGAAGACGUCUGAAAAAAUGUGACGAAUUAAGAAGACAACAAGCACACUCUCUUUGGAGAAAUUUAUCCAGUUAGAGCAGCAGGAGAAUUCUUCCAACCCUUUCCAGUUGGGCAAAUUAAAGGGGAAACUUUUCAUCACUACCUCUUGGAACAUGAGAGCUCUGUGUGAAGAUACCAGGAGUUAAACUACUACAGUGUUUUCAACUCCUUUUCGUUCAAGAACAGCCUGAUGGCUGGGAUUUAUAUUUAGGGAUGGACCCACGUCAACACACUCGUUUUUAAAAUAUUUCGUGAGUAUCCAGGGAAGAAAUAGGAGAGAAAACGGUGGAAAUGUGUGACCAGAGCAGAACCUGUUGCAGUAGCAGAUGAGCCGUUUACAAUGCUGAUGCUCCGCCAGGAUCGUACAAAGAAGGAGCGGGAAACCAAGUUCCGAGACACUGCGAAAUGUCUGAGCAACACACCAUCUCGGAACACUUUUCACAGGAUGCCAAAAUGAACACUUCUGACAAUGGCUCUGGGCACCUGGCCUCUGGCACGCUGCGUUGGACCGCUCUGCUCACCCUGAUGGUGAUCAUACCCACCAUCGGAGGGAAUAUCCUUGUGAUCCUAGCCGUGUCGCUGGAGAAGAAGCUGCAGUACGCCACCAAUUACUUCCUCAUGUCUCUGGCGGUGGCUGACUUGCUGGUUGGGUUGUUUGUGAUGCCGCUGGCCCUUUCGACAAUACUGUCUGAGACUCCUUGGCCCCUUCCGCGGGACUUGUGCCCAGUCUGGCUCUUUCUCGACGUCCUCUUUUCCACGGCCUCCAUCAUGCACCUCUGCGCCAUCUCCCUGGACCGCUACAUCGCCAUCAAAAAGCCAAUCCAGGCCAGCCAGUACAACUCACGGGCCACCACCCUCAUCAAAAUCACCGUGGUCUGGCUGAUCUCAAUAGGUAUUGCCAUCCCAAUCCCGAUUCGUGGCAUAGGAGAUAGUGACAACUCUCCCAACUUCACCUGUGUGUUAAAACCCGAACGUUUUGGAGAUUUCAUCAUAUACGGUUCAGUAGCUGCCUUCUUCGUCCCCCUGGCCAUCAUGGUAGUGACGUAUUUUCUCACCAUCCGAGUCUUGCGCAAGAAAGCUUACUUGAUCAAUAAACCACCUCAGCGCAUGACCUGGAGUACCGUAUCCACAGUCUUCCAAAGGGACAUAACACCGGGAUCUUCACCGGAAAAAGUGGCCAUGUUGGAUGGCCCCAGGAAGGACAAGCCCGUUUCCAACGGGAAUGAAGAACUGCUGAUGCGCAGGAUGUCCACCCUUGGGAAGAAGUCUGUUCAGACCAUCACCAAUGAACAGCGGGCUUCCAAAGUCUUGGGGAUUGUAUUCUUUCUCUUUCUGCUGAUGUGGUGUCCAUUCUUUAUCACCAACAUCACUUCUGUUUUGUGCACAUCCUGCAGUCCGGAUCGUAUCCAAAUGCUCAUGGAGAUAUUUGUUUGGAUAGGGUACGUUUCCUCAGGUGUGAACCCACUGGUCUACACCCUUUUCAACAAGACGUUCCGGGAAGCUUUUGGCAGGUACAUCACUUGCAAUUACCAGACCUCAGCUCCGGGGAAUCCCCUUCGGAAAUGCUCCAGCCGGCUCUCAUUCAGAAACUCUGUGGCCGAGAACUCAAAGCUUUUCAUGAUGCACCAUGGGAUGCGGAAUGGGAUCAACCCAGUCAUGUACCAAACCCAUAGGCUCUGCAGCUCACCAAUCCAGUCUUCGUCAGCCAUACUGUUGGAUACGUUGCUACUUACAGAGAAUGAAGUGGACAAGACAGAAGAGCAAGUCAGCUAUGUAUAGCUAAUGGCCUAAGCACACUGACAAAUGCUAGCAUGUGUUUGUGGUUUUCAUGUUAUUUAUACAAAUCUUAAUUAUAAUUUCAGCCAUUUGUUUCCUAUAGAAAAGGAGGCUUUCCUUGUACCAGACCACCUCCAUAUAUUCCAGCGUAACAGCAAUUUAACCUGUUACUACUCCAACAACAACAAGUCUUUGAGCACUGUACUUUAUAAUUGGAGGAGUUCAAAUAAAUUCAGCUAUGAUAAUUUCAUGUCUCAGAUAUCAGAUUCCUCCA